AUGAAUUCUGCAACUUUUUUACGUGGAUGUGCAAUAUUUGCCUUUAUGGUUUCGAUGAUGUUUAUCGGUUUCGGCAUUACAGCAUACCACCACACGCAUGAUCCUGAUACAUAUAAACUCUAUAAAAAUACCAGCUGUCUAAUAACAGAUCAUAAACGCGUUACUGAAGAAAAACGUGUAUGCUAUGGCGCUGGUCAAAGAACUGGUUGUACGUCUCUAGAUGUGACUUAUGACAAACUUUUUUUGUCAUAUAUUAUUUGGAAUGGAACACUUGUUAAUGGCACAAGGUAUAUCGAGUUCUCUACAGAAAGAGAUUACUCUAAAGAAAUUGGUUCUCAUCACAAAUGUUUAUACAACCCAGAACGUGUAACAGAUGUAGUUUUGAAACUUCCUGAUGGAACAGGUAUAACUUUUGCAUAUGUCUGUUUUGGAAUUGGUUUUGGAAUUCUGAUAUUAGCUGGGGUCUUGUUUCUUGCCUCACGGAGUAUAAAAAGCGAAAAUGGCAUUUAA